AUAUUUUAGAGAAUAAGUCUCUGCCUUUGCUAUUAACAGUGUUAAGAAUUUAACGUGCAGAGAGAACAAACAAUUACGGAAAGAAGAUAAAGAUGUUCGAAUUAUACGGUAUGAACAAAGAUGGUAUGGUUUAUCGUUCUCCACCGCCAAGAAGAAAAGAAGUCGACAUAUUAGAGACUUGUUUGCAAUUACCAUCUCCUGAACUAAUGAGAAAAUUACCAAACGGUGAUGCAAUACAUCAUGCAAAGGAUUCAGGUGUUUCAACUUCUUUUGAUAAAAAAGAUCCAUCAAGAGAAAGCGGACGGAGCGUGUUGAGGAAAUGGAUAGUGAUGAUUGGUUUCUUUUUCCUUGGAUGUGCUCUGGUCGCCGGUGUUGGAUUACCUUUAGCUUUGGAACUACGUAGCUCGCACUUGUUGGAAGCUAGACUUCAAGUUGUCCGACGAAUGCUCUCUGAAAUACCUUUGAUCGAUGGGCACAAUGAUUUUGCGUGGAAUCUACGAAAACAUCGAGGAAGUACAAAAUUGAAAGAUUUUCCUUUCGACGAGAAUUUAUCGCGAAACGUAAGUUGGGGAUCUCAAUGGCAGACUGAUCUGGUACGGUUACGACAAGGUAUUGUAGGUGGGCAAUUCUGGUCCGUAUACGUACCGUGCGAAGCACAAUUUCUCGAUGCAGUGCAACUUACUCUGGAACAGAUAGACGUGAUACGUAGGCUCACUUCGAGAUAUUCGAAGAAAAUAAGGAUGGUAACGAGUAGUAAGGAGCUCGAGAAAGCACACAAGGAUGGCGUGAUCGGGAGUUUAGUAGGAAUUGAAGGAGGCCACAGCAUUGGCACGUCCAUGGCUGUGUUAAGAAGUUUUCAUCGGUUAGGAGCACGAUACAUGACCUUGACACAUAAAUGUAAUACUCCAUGGGCGGAUUCUUGUUCGGUGGAAGAUCCGAAUUCGGACGCGCGAUUGGAUUUUCACAGCGACGGAUUGUCGAUAUUUGGUAAAGCAGUGGUAAAAGAAUUGAAUCGAUUAGGAAUGCUCGUGGAUUUGUCUCAUGUUUCGAUAAGGACCAUGAGGGAUGCGUUGACGAUGAGUAAGGCACCUGUGAUAUUUUCUCAUAGCGCUGCCAGAGCUCUCUGUAAUUCGUCCAGCAAUGUUCCAGAUGAUAUACUUCGUAAUUUGUCGGUGAAUGGUGGUCUGGUUAUGGUAAGCUUUGACAGUGCACAUUUAAACUGUGGAGAUAAAGCUUCUAUGUAUGAUGUAAUAGCUCAUAUCAAUCAUAUAAGGCGAAUAGCUGGUGUUAAUCAUGUAGGUCUUGGAGCUGGUUAUGAUGGAAUAUCAAGUCCGCCAGUUGAACUUCCAGACGUUUCUGGUUAUCCUUUACUACUGGCCGAACUGACGAGAGAUCGAAGAUGGUCGGCUUUGGACAUUAAGAAGUUGGUAGGUGGAAAUUUAUUGAGAGUAUUGAAAGAAGUGGAAAAUCACGCUGUAUCCAUGUCGCAUCAAUCUCCAGCAGAGGAAUUGAUUCCUCAGGAGUUGAUAGAAGAUACCGCCUAUUGCAGAUAUCAUGACGCUUAAAAACAGUUCGAUAUCAAUAUUUCGAUAAUGGAUAAUUUUCGAAAUGUCGAAUCAUCUAUUUCUUAUUGUUUCCUCUCUUUGUACCUGAAUUACUCUGUUUUACAUUUUCUAAUAAAGUAGUCACGGAUCAUCCGAAUCACUGUUUUUUCUAUCUUUUACAUUUUAAUAAUUCGCAUAUAACCUCUUAUAAACGCUUCAUGUUCACCAUCCACAUGUAAUGUAAUACCUUUAUCGAGACGAAUGUAUUUAAUUUCACAUCCUUUGCGCCACGGUUAACGAGUCACCUAA